AAGUUCUCUCCUCCUACCCUGACCCUCCGUGUGUAGAGAGGAAGAGUCAAUUAGCAUGUAUGCGUCGCUGGUGGCUAAAACACGCAGAAACAAACUUAUUUUCAGACGGGACUCAUAUGGAGGACAUGAAGUCUGGCGUGUCCUGCUUGGACGUCGACGCGUCGAGUCGCCUCGCUUGUGAAACGUCACGGCUGGCCGGACAAUAGCCCCUCUGAAGCUAGUUAGCUUAGCUUAUCUAGGAGGAGGCCACUAAUUAUAUUACACGUCGUCAUUUUACUGUCUCUGGGAGUUUGCUGAACUUGUUUGGGAAGGCAGGCCUGCAGAGUUCUGGGUGUGUCUAUUUGUCUCCAAAAGUUUUCAUUUUUCUUGGAGGGGUUCGAUUUAGCCGCAGCGCUCAAAGUGCAGCUAUGGUGGACUUCAGCACUAUCAGCCUGCUGUCUCUUGCCAUGCUGGUGGGCUGCUAUGUGGCCGGGACCAUUCCCUUGGCGGUCAACUUCUCCGAGGAGAAGCUAAAGCUCGUCACCGUGUUGGGAGCAGGACUCCUGUGCGGCACGGCCCUCGCAGUCAUCAUUCCCGAAGGCGUUCAUGCUCUUUACGAGGAGAUCCUGGAAGGCCCAGGGGGCGGGCACCAUGGCCCCAGCCAGGUUGGCGUAGUCGCUGAGGCGUCGGAACCCAAAGGCGAAGCGGCGGCGGAGGCUCUGCUGAGUGUGGAAGGCCACCACGAACACAGCCACGAGCAGCUACACGCCUGCAUUGGCGUCUCGCUGGUGCUGGGCUUCGUCUUCAUGCUGCUGGUAGACCAGAUCGGCUCGUCGCACAUGCACAGCGCUGAAGAUUCAGAAUCAGCCAGAGUAUCGUCCUCUAAAAUUACCACCACCCUCGGAUUAGUGGUGCAUGCUGCUGCUGACGGCGUGGCCCUCGGAGCCGCUGCCUCCACGUCUCAAACCAGCGUCCAGCUUAUCGUUUUUGUCGCCAUCAUGCUACACAAGGCUCCCGCUGCGUUCGGCCUGGUGUCUUUUCUCAUGCACGCUGGGCUGGAAAGGAAUCGAAUCCGAAAGCACCUGCUGGUCUUUGCCCUGGCCGCUCCUGUCCUGGCCAUGCUCACUUUCCUUGGACUCAGCCAGAGCAGCAAGGAGGCGCUGUCUGACAUCAAUGCCACCGGUGUCGCUAUGCUCUUUUCUGCUGGCACUUUCCUGUACGUGGCAACUGUGCACGUGUUGCCCGAGGUAGGCGGCGUUGCGGGCCACAGCCACGGAACGCCAGGCGGCAACGGCGGCAAGGGUCUGAGUAAGGUAGAGGUGGGCGCCCUGGUACUGGGCUGCCUUAUUCCUCUUCUCCUGUCAGUCGGCCACCACCAUUAGGAGGAGGGUGAAAACAAACGACUUGUAAAUGUGGAACUUUAUGAUCACGGCAGUUUUUUUUUUUUUUUUUUACUGUACAGAUUUCUUCAACACAGUGACUUUUAAGUGCCAUAAUAGCUUGAACUCCGCUGCUUCCGGGACAUGUUUGUACAUUUUGCUGCCCUUCGCUGAUUAGAGCGACUCCAUCGGCGUAAAUACAAGAGAUUACUAUAUCUGGACUCUGUGGCUAAAUUUGCUUAAAUAUGUAAAGUGUAGUCACCUAAAGUUAAGACUUUUUCCACUUUUGGAUUGAGGAACUUUAGAAACAUUUAAGGUUCUUUGUGUGUGUGUGUGUGUAUGUGUGUGUGUGUAUAUAUAUUUCUUUGUCAUUCCACAGUGAAUCUGCCUCAUGUUUGAUGGUGCAACAAGACGUUUUAUGACUAAAUUAAAGUUAUUUUUCUUUUUAAACUGCAGCUACUGCACAUAAACAAGUGUCACACCUCACUUAACUCAUUCACUGUCAAGACGUCUUUAUAGGGAAAAUGAGUAUUCUUGAUCAUUCAAGCACAGGUGUCCAAUCAGAUUCCAAAAAGGGCCUAGUGGGUCUUUGUUUUUGUUCCAACUAUUAAACGCAGUUUGACCAAUGAGGUUUUUGCUGAUCCAAGCAGCAUCAGACUCAACUGAUUACACUUCUAAGGGAACAGAUUGGUGAAAAGGGCUGCGUUUCAAUAACUGUUUGAGUCACUCUCGCUCACUUGCCCUAGGCACUUGCUAUGACGUCUCACGUAGGCCACUUGGAUGGUGGAGGGAAAAUGGGUGGAGGGGGUGUGAAAGGUCAAUGGAACACACUUGCCCUCAUUCACUCACUGGCCAGACAAUCAUGGAUCCACCACAUGUUGUUGAGGUGGAGCUACACUACCUAUUCCAAAUCACAGAAAAAUAUACGGAGACUCGUCAUUAAGAUGGAGACGUAUUCCACUCUUGAUGGCAAUAUGUGGGUACCUGGGAAUUAUCAGAAUAAUUAGUUAUGUAUCAAAUUUUAUUUAGGCAAUUCAUUUUUUUUGCCUUAUAAUUUGUAGAUUUGUCAUUUAAAUACAUUUAACCUACUUUGUUUAGUUGAAAUUAGUUUUAGUUACAAUCCAUCCCAACGCCAUUUGAUUGAUAGACGAUUCCUUUUGUUAAAAGCAAAAAUAGAAAAGGCAAGCGAAAAAGAAAAGUCAAUGACAAAAUAUACUUGUAUAUCUUUAUUCAUAUAUUUCUCUAUAUUUUGGGCAUUCCAGUGAUUCCAUACGUUCUGCCAUAACUGCCACAGAUGGUCAAUCUAUUUUUAAAUGAUGAAUUUUACAAUUUGAAAGGCAGUUUUGUAUAACAUUCAAACACUGUGCUGGCUUCUUGCUUCAUUUUCUUCUUUGGUGGUAAAUAGACAGCAGCCAUUGGUGUUUGAGCUUCAUUUUCACCACCGCAUAUUUUCUGUACACUACUGCAACACACUGUGAGAUAUAGGGAGCUCUGAAGUGACCAUCGUUGUUGACUCAAUCACUAAGCCCUCAAAGGGUCGAUCUAGCCAAGUUCACUUCAGCUGUUUAGAGAAGUGGAACAGCCCUUAACAUGGCGGUGUGGAUUCCCCCCAAGGGCAUGUGUCUAGGGCAAGUGAGCGAGGGCACAGGAAACUUAAUGAAACGCAGCCUUCUCUUGAUGGCUUGUAAUGAAAAUCUUCAUCCAUUAGGCCGUUUGUGGAAUCGUUUCGACGCCUGUGAUUUGAAGUUUAACUCCAGUGGAAGUCCGCAUUGAUAAUUGCUUGGGUCAAAAUAUUGAAUUCAUUAAAAAAAAAAAAAAAAAUCCUGACUAUAAUAUGGUUUCAAAAUUGGGGGAAAAAUAAGUAAAGGCCGUCUUAGAAGUGUGCGCUCAAACUUUGCUCAAGUGCCAAAUAUUGUUACAAAGUGGGUAAUACUUUGUGAACGCAGAUAGACGCAUAUCUAUCAACAACAGGACUUUGCGAAAGCAAAACAGCCGGCCGGCGAUCAGUUAGAUUAGUUUUAUUGAUUUGGGUGAAGAAACUGCCUUCUAGUCUGCCUCAUUUCACAUGGCUGAAUCCAGGUGCUCCCUGUUAAGGCCAACAUAAGCUACAAUUUUGUUUGAGCUUAUGUUUUUUUUUAAUGCAUUCUUUAUUUAGUUUAAAGGUGCUUUUUUGUCUAUUUUUGUGGGAAUAUAUGACUGAACCAUUUGUUAAGAGCAUUGUAAAAAAAUUAGCAUUUUAUAACAUUUAAACUAGCGGACUCUUGCUGUGAAAGUUUUUGUUGUUGGUAAUUUAAUUUUUCCAUGUUCCUUAUCCGAUUACUCGAUUAUUGGAACUAAUGGUUAAUCGAUUAAUCGACUACUGAAAUAAUCGAUAGCUCCAGCCCUUCAGUAAAUGCUCAAUGUAUGCUAAAAUUCGCUUGAAAUGUUUUGUGUUCACACAGAUCUUAUGUCGCCCAAAGUCUGAGCUCACGAAAUCGAACAACUUCUGGCUCACGGAAAGUAAAAAUAAGGAAUAUAACGACUAUACUCUCGUGAUGUUACAAUUUUUUUUGAAAUAAUAGGACUUUAAUCUUGUAUUAACACAAAGUAUGGCUUUGCAAUCGUCAUAUUGUGACCUUUUCUGGAAGUUCUAUUUCUCUUCGUUUGGCUCCGGCAGCUAGAUACUUGGCAGGUGAAGUCACGAGAAUGAGACAAAGUACUUAAAGGCGUACCGCAAGCAACACGUCACUUUUGCUCAUUAAUAUUCAUGAUGUUAACAAUUGUAGAUAGGUGGGUCGACCUCCUGUUUGAUCCUAUUUUUAAACGAAUGGAAAUAGUGUACGAACAACAUGUUUACUGAGCUAAACCUACCAAUUCUGUCCAAAAAUGAUGUCCCCGGUGCCAAAUUCACUGGUAAAGAUGUGGAAGAACAUACAAAUGUCCAGUUAAAGAGAUUGCUGGAGUGUUGAGGGCUGAAAAAGACGAGCCGGCCUGAUCCGCGGUUAGCUUUUUUUAUCGACACCUUUUUCUGGUGUGCAUUGCCUUAUGCCACUGAAAAUGACCUCCUGUUUCAACAAGCUAUCCUUUACCACCAUAUGCCCUGUCUAUCUUAUAUAUUAUAUCCUCUGGUUGUUUCACGUCUCUGACCGUUCUUGGGGACAAUUUACAUUGCUAUUUUUGUGUAGCGAUUGCAAAUGCUACUCGGUGACAGGCAAUGAACUUUUAAUUUUUUCAUUAAUAACAUAUCUUAAUUUUAUAAUUUAUUUACACUUCCCCCUUACUAAAGUUGUAUUUUUACAACAGAAAAGGUAACAGUGGCAGUUAGAUACCAUUUAAAUUUUUUUCAGGUCAUUCAUUGUGAGACAGAACCAGCACGCCAAAACGCCACACUAAAAAAUGUAAAAAUAUCAAAAUGGCUUACUUCUUCGUCCUCUGAAGAACCGUGGACCCCAACAAAAUGUUUACUGCAUAUGAAGGCGAAUGGCUUCACCUUGCUGGUGUUAAACUGGUCUUUUGGAAGUGUGCGCAAGUUGAUCCAUACUUCACAUUUUUUUCUCUUGAGUUUUUGGUUUCGGAAAACCGAUGAAGAAAACAUCAUGUCGUUUCUCCAAGUUCCAUAGCAGCAGUGUUUGAGCGGCAUGUUUUUUUUUUUUUUUUUUAAAUUAGCUGAGAAAACGCAGAAAUAACAUGGUUUGUAUGCAAGGGCGUGUCGAUGAUGUCCCACUUCCGCGUUACCAUGGCGACGUCACUGUCUUAAAAAUAGUAUUCGUACGGUACGCUAUUUUUCUUAGUCUAUGCACAUUUUUAGCACUGCAACGAAUUUCAUGUAUUUAGAAAAAUAAUUUAAAAAACUGGAGUGUCUCUUUAAAAAAUAAAUGCUCCAGAAGACUUGACAUCCUCAUAACUUUUUGGGUAAUGUAAAGGCCUCAAUACAGACAUCUGCGAAAACAAGUUCGACAUGACCCAAAAUGUGGACGCCAGGUCUCAAUUCUAAUUAUUAAGGGUGUAACGGUACAUGUAUUUGUAUUGAACAGCUUUGGUACGUGGUUCUCGGUUCGGAACGGUAGUGUACCGAACGAGUUUCUGACGUAAUGUAACCCUUACUUUUCGAGGCUGUGAGUCGAUCGGGUUACAGUUUCUUUGUGUAGAUUAUAUUUACUCCGUCUUCUCUACUAUAAUGAGGACAAACACGGUAGGACAGUAUAACCCAGAAACGUCAACGGCGCAACAACGUGGCUGCCGCGAGAACGCAGUAAAACGUGGGUGUUAAAGUCAAUCAGCCAAUGCACACCAGUCGCAGUGCGGCCACGUGUUAGACACCUCCCAGAAGUGGCUCAACACUACGCACACAAAAAGAACGGCAGAGUUUAUUAUUUGACGCGAGACGCGACCCUCCUGCGUCAAUACUACUACCGGUAGCUAGGAUCGGGUAGACCGGAAGUCACUCGUGUAAAAAUACUGUGGAUCCAGUCUAUUUUCAAACUAAUAUGCAAUCAUAACCCGCUUUUUGAGUCCAUCAGAUCUCUUGAGUGGUAGAUCGGGGCACAGUUGACUUGUCUUUGUUGAUUUACUGCUGUCUUCUCUGCUAUAAUAAUAACCAACACGGCCCCGUGUUCAAUACAAAACCCUCCUACCACAACAAAACAGUAGGAACUUAAUAUUCACAUAGGAAUUAAAGUUAAACAACAUAAGAUAUACAAUAUAAUGAAUACUACAUUACAAUUGUAAAAUAUAAAUGCAUAAUAAAAUAGAGCUAAAACACCUGUAAUUAAAUAAUAAUUAUACACAGAUCCUGCUUACACAAUUAAAUUUAAUAAUUUCUGUGUGGCGCUCUAACUCGAGAAAAUCCACCAAUAAAGCUUUUGAAAACCGUUCAUAAGAAAGAAAAAAAAAAUUCAUUGAGGCAUUUCAUUUGUAAAAUACAUUUGUCAUUGGGAUUGCUUUUCUCUUUAGCACAGGACUUUUUUCUUCUCUUUCAGAAAGAAAGCUGACCAAUACGCGAGGUCUGAAAGGCAAAUUGUUGUUGGAUAAUUUUUAAAUACCCGCUACUUUUUGAUCAGAAUUCUAGCUUUGUAUAGGCUAAUGUUCCUAUUGUUGAAAGCACAAAGGUGUGUAAUAAACAACUAGCACAUUUAUAUUUUGCAUUUUGUUUUCUUACUGUACCGAAAAUGAACCGAACCGUGACCUCAAAACCGAGGCAUGUACCAAACUGAGAUUUUUGUGUACCGUUACACCCCUAUUAAUUCUAUAUAUAUUUUUUUAUCAAUCAUAAUUGUAUUUGUUUUUAUAAAUAUACUGUACAUUUUUAUGAAUAAGUAAAAUUAUGAAUUAAAAUGUUAAUAAAAACAAGAUUAAAACAUUUCAUAGUUUUAAACUCAUUACCUGCAAUUGACAACAACAGACGUCCGGUUCUUUCGAACCAGGCAGUGACUGCGAAUGCUCACGUUUCAAUGACAUUGACGGCGCUAGACGUCUAAUUCAUUUUGACUGGGA